CACACACACACACACACACACACACACACACACACACACACACACACACACACACACACACUGCAGCUUUUUUAUCCGUGCAGUGUUCUGUGCGGCAUUGAAGAGGAAAGAGAGAGAGAGAGUUGUGUGUGCGCGCGCAUGCUCGUGCGUGUGUGUUUGGUCCUGGAGGAGGAGGAGCCAGUUGUGGUGGAUCGUACCGCUGCACAGAGACGGAAGGCUCUGCGCAGAGACAGGGGGGAGAAGGAAAAACUGUUCAUACUGCGAAGAAGAGCUCCAGUAACAGUGGCCUUCUACCAUUCAAGGACUAAUUUUACUUCAUGUGAACUGCAGCGGAGGUGGAGAAAGAAACUUAAGAGAGACAAUAAUAAACCACAUGAUCAGCUCCCAGAAAAGCCUUCAGAUUAGCAAUGUUCCCCUCAGGCAGGGAUUACCUCCUCUCCAGCUCUCCCACACUUCUUUGCUCAUACAGAGACACAUCAUCGAAAUAGCUCUCACAGUGCUCACAGAAAGUCUGACACACACUGAACCAACCCUUUUGCAUCCCGCUCAUGGUCGUUGGCCAGCGCUCAUCCUAGAACAUGAAGAGGCCCAAGCAACAAACGGGGCCCCUGAGCUUUCUGAACUUCUUCAGUCGGAAGCCCAAAUCUGAGCCAAAGCCUGAGAGGCCUUUGGAAACGUGGCCCAAAGAGGAGGUGCCUAUAACCCUGACCCCCAGUGAGCAACCAGAGCAGGAACUCACAGCAGCCGAAGAUGCAGGAAAAUGGAGCGCUUCUGGAGCUGAAGGAGGGGAAGACGACGACGUGCCGGCUGCUGCUGAAGCGGUCCCGAGCGGCGCCGCCACAGAGGAGGGGGCGGGCGGCGGCGGCUCCAACGGCGUCCUCUCCCUCUCCACGUCCAGCCAGGAGCAGCUCCUGGACGAGCACCUGGAGGAGUGCCCGCUGUGCCUGCUCAGCCAACCGCGCUGCCACUUCCCGCGACUGGCCUCGUGCUCCCACAGGGCGUGCUCCGACUGCCUCCGCCAGUACCUGCGCAUAGAGAUACUGGAGAGCAGGGUGAGCAUCGCCUGCCCGCAGUGCCCCGAGAAUCUGACGCCACUGGACGUCCGCGCCAUUCUGGAUGACCGGGCGCUGCUGGAGAGGUUCGAGGAGUUCCAGCUGAGGCGCUUUCUGGCUGCGGAUCCAGACACACGCUGGUGUCCUGCGCCUGACUGCAGCUAUGCAGUGAUAGCUUAUGGUUGUGCAGAGUGUCCCAAGCUGAGCUGCGGUCGUCAGGGAUGUGGUACAGAGUUCUGCUACCAUUGUCGGCAGCUGUGGCACCCCAACCAGACGUGUGACCAGGCCCGGCGUCAGCGGGCCCGCCAUACUUCAGGAGGCAAUGACCCCUCCACGCUAUAUGUCUUCAAUGAGGAACCUGGAGGGGACGCAGAAGAGAUCAAACCGUGCCCUCGUUGUGGCGCCUACAUCAUGAAGACCAACGACGGCAGCUGUAACCGAAUGAACUGCACUGUGUGUGCCUGUCAGUUCUGCUGGCUGUGUAUGCAGGAGAUUACCGACGUGCACUACCUCAGUCCCUCAGGAUGCACCUUUUGGGGGAAGAAGCCAUGGUCUCAAACCCGCAAAGUACUGUGGCAGGUGGGCAUGUUGCUCGGAGCCCCUGUGGUCAUCUCCCUCAUAGCGGGCAUUGCCAUCCCGGUCAUCAUAGUGGGCAUACCCAUCUACAUGGGCCGCAAGGUCCACGGUCGCUGCAAGAAAAAUAGUAUCUCAGGAAGUAAGCACUAUUUGACUGUGGCAAGCGGGGUGAUGAUGUCAGUGUUUGUGUCGCCGGUCAUAGCAGCUGUCACUGUUG